GGAAUCAUCUCCCACAACAACACAGAGAAAAUACAGAACGAGCAAGAGACGCAAACCCGGGGCAAUGAAUAAUAAAGGACAAUACCCUACUGCCCCAGCCUACCCAACCCAGGCUCCUAAUCCUCAGUCAGUAUAUCCACCAACCAUGCACCUGCCUCAGGCUCCUCCUUAUACAGAGGCACCUCCUGCUUAUUCUGAGCUCUACCGAUCUGGGUAUGUGCAUCCAUCGCAAGCUAAUAUGGCCCCUAUAUCUGCACAUUAUCCAAACACAUCAAUGUACCUUCCUAUGACUCAGCCUAUGCAAGUUGCACCAAUGGCCUCAUCAGUACCUAUGGCUUAUUACCCUAUCGGUCCUGUCUACCCACCUGGCUCCACUGUCCUUGUUGAUGGGGGCUAUGAUGCAGGUGCUAGAUUUGGUGUGGGUAGCUCUCCAUCUGUUCCACCACCACCUCCUGGCUGCCCCCCAAAUGCUGCUCAGCUGGCUGCCAUGCAGGGUGCAAAUGUAUUAGUCACACAGAGGAAAGGCAAUUACUUCAUGGGUGGCUCAGAUGGUGGAUACACCAUUUGGUGAAAUGGAACCAGAGGCAUCGAAACGGGGGUUAAAAAGCAAAAAUGAAAACAAAAAAAAUAAACAUAAUAAAAUGGGCUAGCCUUUGUACAAGGAAUGGCAUCUCACCAUGUGAGCACUUCCCACAAUGUUCUGCUUUAGAAUAUUAACCCAGAAUUGCUGUUUAGUCACAGAUGUGGUGGGAUGUCUUCCUGGUGCUCAUUCUUUAAGUACUCCUACUAUAUUAAAGGAGGUCCUUUUAAAAAAGGAAAGGAAACGCUUUGCAACCCUUUAAAACACCUCUAACCUCUUCCCAUGCACCUUCACUUAAUAAACUUUCAAAUUACAGGCUGAUUUUUAGGCUCACCGAGUCCUUUCGAUGAGGGAUAGAAGGACUGUACGUUAGGAGUAAUUUUUGAAGUAACUAAGAUGCAGAUUGUUGUGCUUUAUAAUUGUUGCUGGCUUUGGGAUAGGACACCGCUGUAUUAAUUACACUUAUGAAUGCAUAUGGUAUCUUUUUUUAAAGAAAGCAAAAGGAAAUGCCUUCACAAAUAUAUAUAUAUUUGGGCUCUGUUGCUGAAUGUCCUCAGUUCUCCUUGUAUUCUAGGAAGUCCUAUUUCUUUUCUGUCCCCAGAUUUCAGAUAUAUGCAUCUUGUUUAUGUGUUCUGCAAACCAACCAUUUUUUUUUUUUUUUUUAUAAAUCUGAAUGCUGCUUGAAAUAAUUUCUGCUUUCAGGGUUAUUUGUAUUUUCAAUUAGCAGCAUGAUAGAAUAGUUGGAUGUUGUAGAGAUUAGCAGUUAGACUACACACGAGGGUGCUAUAUUAUCAUUUUCAGAUGCAAAUCAUAUCACAAUACUUAAUGAUUCUAUAUUUUCUGUUCAAAAGGUUCAACUUCUGUUAUUACUCAAGUGGCUCUGGGAAAUGGAAGAAAUAGGCAAGGCUGCUAAGCAUGGUGCUUUUUGUGACUCUACCUUUACCACCAAAAAACCCAUAUAGUAAGAUAGCCUAAACACAUGUUCUGCUCAUUUCCUAAUGGAACGGUAAUUGUUUCCCUGAAGGAAUGGUGUUUUGGGCAAGGAGUGGUAACUCAACAACACUUUUUUUUUUUAAGUACUUUUCCAACCUACAUAAAUGUAUAAUUCAUACUUUGAAUGUCAGCGUUAAGAACCACUGAACAAAUGCAAAAAGUUAGGAGGCCUGACAUGCUUCUUUUCAGUGUAAAAGACUAGAUUUAGACUUCUGGCUGUGGUAGUCCAAAGCAAUGCAUUUUACAAAUGGAACAUUAUUAAAUCCGAUAGAUCCUUUUGAUAUUCAGUAGCCCUUUGUGUUUUACCAUAGGGAUGAUCUUUUAAUGGUUUCUUUUAAAGAGGUCUGUGCAAAUUAAGAGAUAUCCACCCACACCUGCACAAAGAACAUUUGGGAGCAGGGACAAAGCUUCAUUAACAGAACAUAACGUAUUCGUAAUAAAACACAAAAUCAGAUUUUGAAAAAAGCUUUACACUGGAACAAAACUACUAUGCUUUUUAAGCAUUUAUAUAUAUAUAUAUAUAUAUAUAUAUAUCACUUGUGCGUGAUAUGUAAAAUAUUGCAUUAUUAAUAUAGUCAACAAAAAAAGGCUACAUUGGUUUCAUGUGCAAAGACAGCAUUUAUAAGCAUGCCCCAUUUUUAUUGGAAUGUUUUAAAUGAAAAUUUGGAACUAGUUUAUCACCUGUAGACUGCUCCUACACAGAAUAAAUGCCAAUCUUGAAUCGAACAGCUAGAAGUUAUAACAGCUAGACCUGCAGCAAUACACAGUGUAUACAGUAUGUAACUUGCACAUAUACAGUAUACAAUGCAAUUCAUAUUAAAAACUGUCAGACUGUUGGCUUUGUUUUAAGAAAAUUUGGGAAUAAAAUACAUUAGCUGCAGUACAAAUUAUUUCCUGCAUGGUUUUGGCCCUCUGCAUAUAGUAUAGAAUUUUAUACAAGGACACGGAAAGUUCAUCACUGGGAGUGAGGGUUGCACCUCUUUCCCAGUGGAUAACUUUGCUGGGGAGCAUGACCUGCCAUUUUUUUUUAUCACAGUGGUUCCUUGUGUGGGCUUUGGCUGGUUAUAUGCACAUUAGGCUUUCAAAAAUUGCUGUACUGCACCCAGCCCAAGUUUGCACAUAAAACAAUCGGGAGAUAAAUGGUGGUAUAAUGGCAGAAUACCCUAAAUCAGUUAACUUGUUAGGUUGCUGAUUUGCUCACUGUGGGUGCCUAACAAGUUUAUUUCCUAGUCUUUUAAUAGAGGUCUUCUGUCAGUACAAUAGGAGCUAUUAGAUAUUCCUGUUUAUUUGCAUUUAUAUAAGAUUGUGCAAAACAUAAUGUUAUUUGGUCAUAAUACCCUAUGCCUUACUGUAAAAAGGUAUAGAAAUAAGGUAUGUUGCCUUUAAAUAAGUUUUGUGUGUUUGCUGCUUCAAAAUCCCACUGCAGAUCACACUAAAGGUCCCUAUUCGAGCAAACCUGUUUAUGCCAAGAUGAAAUAUCACUCCCCUAUAUCUGAUAGGUCUGAAAUACUGUUUAGCUGUUGCAGCCUUGCAUCUAUCGAACAAUGUCCAUUACUCCAUACUGUUGUGACUGAUGUGGUAAGGAAGUGAAGCAUUUCAUGGGGAUCAUUUGCGCUAAGUUGCUGUGCUCAUAUAUAUACCUGGUGACACAGAACUAAAAAGAAGGAAAACUAGUAGUUGUGUAUGUGCAAAUGUGGCCACUAAUAGGUGGCUAUAAGGCAUUACGCUAAUGACCUCAUUUGCAGAAUCUAAAGUUUGAACCUGCACAGGGCUUGCCAAUUCACAUGUAACCAUGAGCACAGCCCCACCUACGCAAAUGACCCCCAAAGUCUUUAAUACACUGUGGUGCACUUGUGGAUUUUUUUAUACUAAAACAAAUGUAGAUUGAAAACUAUUUUGAAGAUUGGAAUAAACUGAUGAAGUUUAAAUAAACCUCAUAAAUUAAUAAUC